AGAUUAUUGAAAGUUAUACGUAGUGAAUUCAGACUUCCGUAUUUGUUGUCAUUGAGUGGAUACGGCGUAGACUUACAGUAGCAGAGAAAAACGAAAUUAUUAUAUUUUAAGACGAUUAUGUAUUGUCACAUUUCAUUCCUUAGGCCUGGACUAUUAUUUACCCCUCUGCAUUUCAUUACUAAGCACAAAAACCGAUAUUUUUCUUUUGGAUAAACCCUGAUAUUAAGAAAACUAAUGAUCAACUGACAUCGGAAAGUUAGCGGUGUCGUCUAUUGCAUUGCAUGUCUAUUAUCUCGUUUCUAUGAACAGCUGAUCGAAAAUGAGAGGUUUUCGUAUGUCAAAAUGUAAAGAGGUGAUAUAGUUAUAACAAUCCAUAUAAAUAAUCUAAACUCGAUAUACUUCAAUCAUAAAAUUUUGAAAUUUGUGUAUAAAUGGCUGCUGUAACCGGAGGAACUUCUGGUUCGGGAACAUACAACUUUAAAGUUGUUUUGCUGGGAGAAGGUUGUGUAGGGAAGACGUCAGUUGUUUUGCGAUAUGUUGAAGACAAAUUCAAUGACAAGCACAUAACAACAUUACAGGCGUCGUUUCUCAAUAAAAAAUUAAAUAUAGCAGGCAAAAGAGUGAAUCUCUCUAUUUGGGAUACUGCAGGACAAGAAAGAUUUCAUGCCUUAGGACCCAUAUAUUACCGAAUGUCAAAUGGAGCUGUUUUGGUAUACGAUAUUACAGAUGAAGAUUCCUUUCAGAAGGUCAAAAACUGGGUGAAGGAGUUAAAGAAGAUGCUUGGUAGUGAUAUAUGCCUAACAAUAGCUGGAAAUAAAGUUGAUUUGGAAAAGCAAAGAACUGUUGCUGUAGAGGAAGCAGAGGAGUAUGCCAAAUCGGUGGGAGCAGUGCAUUUUCACACGUCUGCAAAAAUGAAUCGAGGUAUUGAAGAAAUGUUCCUGGAGUUGAGCCAACGCAUGAUGGAGCGCGCACAGGUGCAGGAGUCUGACCAACAGCGUGUAAGCUCACUUGGACGUGUUGGGAGUACACGGCGCAAUGUUGUGGUUGUGGAGGAUGAGGAGGACCAGAUGCAAACCAAGAGCAGCUGCUGUGGGGGGGUCAUAGCAUCCACAUCGUCCUAACUGAUCUAAGGCUGCGCUGUUGUGGUUGGCAGCAAGUGGUUGUGCUAGCUUCCCUGGCAGGCAUUGUGCAAUGCAUUGGCUUAAGUAAGGGGGCAGUUUGACCCAAACAAUAUGUUUGGAAGAGGUUGGCUCACUUAAUCUUUUUCUUUCUUUCGGCGUGGUUGGGGGGAGUUGGGAGCACUCCAAGAAUGGGUGGCACAACUGUAGCUCUGCCGCUACUGCAGCGCGAGGCUGUAUUCUGGCCAAGUGGUUUGAGCUUUUGUCCUGGACCAUUUGCAGUGCUUGUCCUCAUGUUUAUGCAGUAUAUGCAGCAGAAUAUGCUUUUAAAUGCAGUCUUUUUUUUUGGAUUGGAAGAUAACAGACACCUUGCUGGCGAAUAAUUUUAAUUUUAUAUUUUAUGCUAAUUUUUUGUUAGUGUGCUCAUUUUGAAGUUAAAACAAAUAAUUCAAAACAGGCAGGUUAUCUUGUAGGUAUAUAUUUUGAAACUUUCUUUCCAGUUUUAUUUCAUUUGAUUCAGUUAUGAAAUUUUUGUAAAGAUUAAGUAGUUUUAAUGAAGUCUGAUAAAUAUCCUCGUGUAUUUGCAUUAAAUAUCAAAAUAACCUUACAAAUGUUUCUUUUGGGAGUUCAGUAUAUUGUUUAAUACUUGGUUUAAAGUUUAGUUUGUUGUAUUAGAUUUGAAUCCUGUUUCUCAUGGUAAUUUUUGAUUAUGAAGAAUGAGGAAAUGUUUCGUAGAGGUUUGGUGUAAUUUGAUGAUGCAGUUUUAAAUGAAAAUUACUGCCUCAGUGCAAUUGAAGAUUUUUAAAUUUCUUUUCUUUGUUAACUUGUAUAAUCUUGUAAUUUGGUUGUUUAAAUAUGAAGUGCCAUGUGAAUGGAAUUAUGGUUUGGUAUUCAAUGGUGGUUCGUAAAUAAUGCAUCAAGAAAACCUAGAAUAGCAGUAUUGUAGAUCUAAUGAAAUUAUGUACAUAUUCAACACUUAAAAUACAAUUAAAUGUAAAGAAUCAUGUAUAUUGCUAGACUGAUGUGUUGCGUGCAUUCAGGCCGUUGAUUUAUGUUCAUUUGAGCAGUUUGAAGUGAAUUACAACCUUGGUGGGACUCAAAGAAAUACAAUAGUGUCAAAUUGCUCAGGGAUUGGCAAACUUGUGCAGCCUAUGGAAUACAGCCUUGCCUUUCACUCUAUAUAAUAUUCUUGUCACAUCAUUUGACAAGUGUCUGAAAUAAUGAAAUGUUAAUUUUUGUUUUUGAAGCUAAUGAAUACACAUAAAGAGUGUGUGUGAUUGUUGUAUAGGUUUGACAGGGUGUUGGAAAUGAAUGUAGGAGCCGAAACUACUACACUAGUCGUUACUUUCUUGUAAUGGUUGCUCUAUUGUAUUCUCAUUUCUUACAUUUUCUGGUCAUGUUUAUCCUGUCAAACCUGUGCAAAGUGUAAUAUGAAAUGAAUAAAUAUUUAUACAUAAAAUGUUUAUAAAUAGUUUUUAAUAGAUAAUCAUUUUACAUAUAAACAUUUCAGUAUAUGGCAGUACUUUUUUUAAACACUACUGGGGCCAUCAAAUUCUAAUAAAACUGCAGAUUUUGUUGUGCUGGUUUGAGAUUCUGAAACAUGGUUCACUUUUUUAAAAGUUCCCACUCCUUACCUCAGUGAUGUCAAACUGACCACCAUCAAGAGACCACAUGCUGUCUACAAUGUGUGUUUUUGUAGUUGUGUAACCAUCCAUUAAAAUGCUAUUCACUAAUAGUAUCUUCAAUUCUUUAUAGGUAAACAAAAUGUCUAAAUUAAAAUUCCAAAAAAUUAAUCGUGAACAAAGUGUUGACUCACAAGUAUCAAUUAAAUGUGUCUUGUCCACUACUAUUCAAUGUAUCUUGUAUGUUAUAUUUUUAAUUUCUUGUGCAUCUAGUUUCAAGAAAGUUAUGUAUUGCUGCAAGAAAUAGUGUGAAUUAUUUUGACAGCAAAACUUGUUUUGUGGCUUGUUGAUUCUGAGAGUGGAUUUUAGUUACUCGUUUACAAGGUAUAGUCAGAAUCUAUGUUUCAAUGUACCUUACUCUGAAAAAGUGCUUUCAAAAUGUCUUGUUAUACACAAGAUUUCACCAAAGUGAGUUUUCUGUGAUUGAUGUGGCUGAUGUUGCAGCCUCUCAUAUUUGAAAUGGGUAUUUGAAUAUUUUGGACAACUUGACAUGAAGCUUGUGGGUCAUUUUCAAAAGUGGCUCCAAAUUCAUGUGAAUGUUUUGCUUCAUAGGGCAAAUUAUGCUUAUAAAAAUGGCACAUGUCUGACUUUCAGUAAAAUCUUUGAAUAUUCAAAAAUUGUCAAAAUUUCAAAAUUUUUGGACCUCCUGACCUACAUCAUCAUAGAUGUUUUUUUUUUCUCUUAAGAAAAUCAGUUUUUAAAAAUUAGAUAUUUAAAUAAUGACGUGUACAAUUUUUUGAAAAAAAUCAAUUCUGCAUAAUUUUGAGUAAAAAUAUGGCAAUUGAAAAAAAAUUAAAUGAAAUUUUUUGA